AUGCUCUCACUUGUUGCUGCUGUAAUGGCACCCCGCACACACAACCGUCGCCGCGUGACCGGAUCCACCGGAAGGAGGAGGGAAGGAAGAGAGAGUGAGCGGCAGAGGCCCAACAUGUCCCGGCGUGUGUUUACUUCCGCGGUGCUGCUUCUACUUGCCGUGAUGAUGUGCUUCGGCACUGAUGGGGCUGCGCACGCUGAGCAGGCAGGGGCCGGUUUUGAUCCGUUCACAGGGACGACGUCGAUAUCAUUUGCUAAUUGGAGGGAGUUUAAAGAGGACGGCGGCGAAAUCACCUCGCUCCGUGUUCCUGGCCUCGUUAAAGUGGGUGAUGAUGUAUUUGCCGUUGCUGAAGCGCAGUGCGGGGAAAGGAAUGGAGCCGACAGCUGUGCUGGGAUUGUGUCAAAGCACCUGAAUAUAAGUGAUGACUUAAUGGAUAUUUCGACGUCGGAUAUAAGUUUGUUUCGCAUGCAACUUGUGGGCACCGCCGCGAAUAAUUUUGGGACAACGGAAUUGUUGCGGCCAACGACACUUGUAAUUGGGGACAGUGUCUACAUGCUCCUGGGAAACUACAGUCGUAAAAAGCCGCAGGUUGUAGGUAAGAAUGAGCGGGGCCUUUUGCUCGUGAAGGGAACUGUCACGGUGGAUGGUGGAAAAAACAAGAAACUUGUGUGGAAUGAGACCCAUGUGGUGAACCCUCAACGAAAAGGAGAAUCACUUUUAUUGACCGAGUUUUUGGGUGGCGGAGGCUCGGGUGCUGUGAUGGGUGACGGCACGCUUGUGUUUCCCAUGCAGGCCAAAGGCAAGGAUGGAACGAGCUUUUUACUGUCCAUGAGUUUUGACCCGUCAGACAAAAAAUGGGAGCUUUCAUCCGAGACGCCUGGUAAGGGCUGCAGGGAUCCAACCCUGGUGAGGUGGGAAGAAUACGAAUAUGGCGAAAGGCUCUUCAUGAUGGCUCAUUGUGCUGGAGGCUACUAUGACGUUUACAAGUCCACUCCGCAUGGAGUCAAUUGGUAUACGUCGGGUGAGCCAAUUACCCGCGUGUGGGGCAGCUCACACAAUCGAAAGGGGUACGGUGUCCAGAGUGGAUCCACCACCGCAAUCAUUGAGGAAAAGGAGGUGAUGCUCAUCACUGCGCCGGUGUAUGCGAAGGAGGACAAUGGAAACGGUCGGCUUCAUCUUUGGGUGACGGACAAGGCACGUGUGUAUGAUGUUGGGCCGAUAUCCCGUGAAGAUGAUGACGCUGCCGCCAGCUCCCUGUUGAUGAAAGGAAAGGAUAAUAAGGAGUUGAUUUCACUGUACGAGAACAAGAAGAAGGACGGAACAUACAGUCUUGUUGCUGUGCAUCUGACCGAGAAACUGGAGCGGGUAAAGGAAGUGGUGAAGACAUGGAAGGAUUUGGACAGCGCCUUGCAAUCCUGCAGUUCCGGUUCCAGCGGCACUCUCGACUUGCCAAAGAAGGGUAUGUGCAAUGGUCCUGUUCCCACUGACGAGCUUGUUGGCUUCUUGUCUGGUAACUCAACUGGGACCGAGUGGCGGGACGAGUACCUCGGCGUGAAUGCCAUUGUCCAUGGCCCAGCGGAAAAAAGGAUAGGGGUUCCCAAUGGAUUGACGUUCAAAGAGGCUGGAUCAUGGGCGGAGUGGCCUGUUGGCAAAUUGGGGCAGACUGUGCCGUACUACUUUGCGAACAACAAGUUCACUCUUGUGGCGACGGUGUCCAUCCACGAGGUGCCGAAGGAAGACAGCAGACCCAUUCCUUUGAUUGGCGUGAGGAUGAAUGACACCAGCAGCACGGUGCUCUUUGGUCUGUCAUACACCCACGACAAGAAGUGGCUGGCCAUAACAGAGGAUGCUGAUGAUCCGGAGGAUGUUGAUUAUAUUGUUAAAUGGGAUCCAAACAAGACGUAUCAGGUGGUACUGCGAAUGACUCUUGAUGAAUGGACUGUCUUUGUGGAUCAGAGGGAAAUUGACCGCAAGAGCUAUAAUAAGCAUCUGUUCGACUUGCACAGGAUCUCACACUUCUACAUCGGUGGGGACAGUAAGGACGAAAGUGCAACGGGCGGCCACGUGACGGUUACCAACGUCAUGCUGUACAAUGAGAGACUCUUAAGUGAUAAGCUGUAUGAACUCAAUGCCAGCAAAGUCAAUAUUCCAUCACUGGGUGUUGAGAAACAACCCACAGGUCCGGUGAUCAGCACAGGCCUCCCGGUUGCUUCCGAGUCAAAGAGUGAAGAAAGCACCGCCAGCUAUGCGAAAUUGAAUGAGGAUGAUCCUGAAAAACAACGACGAAAAAACGGCGUCGAUGAUCCGGUGCCUGCAGCGCCCCCUUCCACGGUUGUCGCGGGAUCAUCUGUUUCCGAACCCGCCAUCGCAGCGGAGAGCGCAGGGAAUGAUCGUCCAGAUGACAAUGCCCAGUUUCACCAGGGCAAAACGGCCCAGCAAGCCACGCUGAGUGAAGAGAAUAAAUCGGUGCAACGGGGUUCAGACUUGCAGCCACAAGACCCACAGCCAGCGGAAUUAACGGAGGUCGCUGAUGUUGAAGGAUCCUCUGAAGGUUAUGGCACACAACAGCCAGUGGAGGAGGAAGGAACGAAUGGCAGGGGUGGCGGAUCAACGUCUUCAGUGGGUGCAUCAUCGGAUAUGGAUACGGCCACCGAAACAGUUGACAGUGAGCACCAAGUGCAACAAAGCACUGAGCCUUCCGCUGAAAAUGACGACGUGCGGUCCACUGGAACCGGAACCACUGGCGCGGAGGAAAGCCUCAGCCUCGAGGCGAGGGACGGAAGUUCCGAGAGAACAAUGAGCUCAGACAGCAGCCUCACCCCUUCAAAGAGUGACGCCGAACCGACAUCCGCGGAGGACACCGACAACAUCUCUCGGACUGAGGAGGCUGAAUUUCUUGUUGAAAACGGCGAGGAGGCGCCACAGACGGUUGAAACCGCAUCGGGUAAUACAAACACCACGCCUGGGGAAACCGAGAUCCCAUCGGAGUCCAACGCAACAACACCCUCGGACACUGACAUUUUGCUUGAGAACGGGCAUUUGGGCGAGUUGGCGGCCAUGUAUCUAAUUGGUGACAGCACCGUGCAUGGGUGUGUGUCUCGGGUGCUGUUGCUGCUGCUUCUGGGGCUGUGGGGCACUGCGGCUCUCUGUUGA